CACAAAAACAAAACUUAUUAUGUUUAGGUGUGUGUCUUCUAACGUAAGACUGACACCCUUGUACAAGCGACAAUGCACAACUUUAUUUUCAAAGCCUCUGUUACCUAAACCCGGUUUUCGUCAAGCUUUUUCUUCAAGCCAACAUAGCUUUCAACAAGAGGCAAAAGACCAAGUGACUGCAGCAGCAGCUGCAACAGCUAAAAAAGCUGACCGCAGUGAUGUCAAACGAUUAUUUCAAUUAGCCAAGCCAGAGAUGAAGAGCAUUACUGCUGCCACUGGCUUAUUAGUAGUCUCUUCAGCCAUUACAAUGUCCGUACCUUUUUCAAUGGGUAAAAUCAUUGAUAUUGUCACCCAUCCCACCGUCGAUAGUUAUCUUGGAUUGACAUUACCCGAGUUUGCAGGCGCUUUAUCUAUGGUAUUCGUAUUGGGAGCAGCAGCAAACGCAGGUCGUGUGUUACUCUUUCGAAUCGCCGGGGAACGAAUUAUCCAAAGAUUACGUAACAAUUUAUAUCAAUCCAUCCUCAAGCAGGAUAUGGCCUUUUUCGAUAAGAACAGAACUGGUGAAUUGAUCUCCAGAUUAUCAACGGAUACUGCCAUUGUCGGAAAAAGUUUGACAAAUAAUGUCAGUGAUGGGUUAAGAGCUCUAGCUACAGCGUCUGUGGGAUCCUCGAUGAUGUUUAUUAUUAGUCCUAAAUUGACAGGUAUCAUGAUGUUGGUUGUUCCUCCUGUUGCCUUCUUUGGCAUUGUCUAUGGUCGCUAUGUUAAAUCCUUGUCGAGAAAGACUCAAAAUGCAUUGAGUGAAAUUACCAAGGUCGCUGAAGAACGCAUUAGUAGUGUACGAACCGUUCAAGCUUUUGCUAAGGAAAAAAGUGAGGAGAAGCGUUAUGGACUUCGUGUAGAAGAGGUAUUCAGUUUAGCCAAAAAAGAAGCGCUUGCAAGUGGUGCUUUUUUUGGCGGCGCAGGAUUAUCUGGUAAUCUUGCUGUAUUGGCUGUCUUAUUAUCGGGUGGUAAAAUGGUCAUGGAGAAUAUUAUUACCAUUGGAGAGUUGACUUCAUUCAUGUUGUAUACCGCUUAUGUCGGUACUUCUUUGGGUGGCUUGACUUCUUUUUAUUCUGAGAUUAUGAAAGGUGUGGGUGCCUCAGAUCGUCUCUUUGAGUUGUUAGAGCGCAAAAGUCCUAUUUCAGUCGAGACUGGUAAAGCAUUGAAGUCAAUUGAUGGAAAAAUCCAAUUUGAAGGAAUCAACUUUAGUUACCCUACGCGUCCCCAGUCCCAAAUCUUUAAGGACUUUUCAUUGACUGUCAACCCUGGUACUGUUAUUGCCAUCGUUGGUCCUUCUGGUUCAGGUAAAUCAACCAUUGGUUCCCUCUUGCUUCGUUAUUAUGAUCCUCUUUCCGGUAAUAUAUUGAUUGAUGGCAACAAUAUUAAGGAUAUCAACUUGCAUUGGUGGCGUGAACAAGUGGGUGUUGUUUCUCAAGAGCCUGUCUUAUUUGCUGGCACGAUUGCUGAAAAUAUCUCGUAUGGUCGCGAGAAUGCCACUUUUGAAGAAAUUCAAGAAGCUGCUACUAAAGCAAACUGUGCUUCCUUCAUCAACACAUUUGCCGAUAAAUACGAAACACUUGUUGGAGAACGAGGUGUCAGUUUAAGUGGUGGACAAAAGCAACGUAUUGCAAUUGCAAGAGCCUUGUUGAAGGAUCCCAAGAUUUUGAUUUUGGACGAAGCUACAAGUGCUCUUGAUUCAGAAUCAGAGGUGUUGGUCCAAGAUGCCUUAAACCACUUGAUGAAGGGCCGUACCGUCUUUACUAUCGCUCAUCGUCUUUCUACUAUUCGUUCUGCUGAUUUGGUUGCCUGUUUAAAUGACGGUGGCGUUGCUGAAUUGGGUACUUAUCACGAAUUAUUGAGCCGCGAAGACGGUGUGUUCCGUCAUCUUGUUGAGUUGCAAUCACUUGGUGAUCAAGAAGACAAAGCAGAAAAGUAAAAAAUAAGACUUUCAUCAUAUCCCCACUCCACCUUCCCCCCCCCCUCUUGUAAUAAUACUCCCAACUCUCUUCCAUAGAAACCAUACACUAAAUAAUAAAACUAAAACUAAAAC